AGCCACUCCACCCCGGGGGGCCCCAGUGCAACCACUGCCUGCACUGUCUAUAUUUAUGCCCCUGACACCAGACAUACAUUAUCAACAUAUAAAAAUGUUUUGUUUUCUAAUGUGUUUCAUGUAUAGUUUGUACAUAUAUGUAUUUACUUCAUAUGUAGGUAGUAUGUAUCUCAUUUAUUAAAAUUCAAUACAUGUACAUGUAUCACAUUAUCGUCUGGGGAAGUACGAGUUUAAAAGAAGCCCUUGAACGCAGCACGAGAGGCGCGUCUGGGCGCACAGCUGAGGUGAGAGGAAGAAAACAUGAUGAACUGAUGAAGUCUGACCGCACAGCCUCAAAAAUGUGGACCGAGGUGAAAAACAAGAGCAAAACAAUCAUCAGCAGCGGAAACAGCUCAAAGAUGGUUGACCCAGAUCUCACCAGACAGCUUUUACACACCGUGCAGCACAGAAAUGGUUCGACAGCAGCUGCCACCCAUCCUGGCACAGAGGACUCUAUAGCCAGCAGCAGUGGAAUCAUCCCUGGUGCAAUUGCAGCCACAGUGUUCAUUGUCUUCUUACUCGGUCUCUACGCCGUCCUCUGGAAGUGCAUGGUGUCACCACCACAACGAAAGCACAACAAGGUGAGGGUGAGAGUACACCAGAGGACGUCUGUGUGAAGACCGGCUUCCAGGUGGGACAUUUUGGAUCUUAAUGAUGUUGACUAAAAUCUGAGAGCGGACUUUGCUCCCGGUCAGAGAGAAGCACCAGAGGGACAUAAAGCUGCCGAAGAAGAUCCUCCUGAUAGAUCCAAAGAUCAAACCACAAUAAUACUGACUCAGCUGAGUGGAUGUCACUAAUGUUUCCUUCGGCUUUACUGUCUGCUGGUGGCUCCUGUUGACCCAAAGCUCCAUGUUGAUGUGAAACACUUGUUUGGCGGGUCAGGUCAUGCUGCUUGUUUUCUGUGAACUCUGCACUACUGAGGGUCGAGGCUGCUCCGGCCACAGCUCGCUUCAGCCACCGAUAAGCUGCGUGUGUCUGAGAGAGAGACUGUGGUACUUUUUAGUAUGUAGAUUUUUUUAUUUCCAUGUUUUGUUUCUGCACCACAUGGACAGUUGCAUUUCAAACAUGUCCUCUGUUGUGCCAUAGUACUUCUUAGUAGUAUUUUAUAGCACAUCAUGGUAUCAUUAGGUCACACUGAUGUCCAUUUUAGUUUGUCCUUGUUUCCUAAGGAUUUUUUGGGGGGAAACUCCUAAAGCUGCCCGGGUGUUCAGGACAAUCGUCAAAUCACCUCCGCUCGAGACUUUAUGUAGAAUAUACUGUGGAAAUCUAGAAAUGGAUUUUGAUUUUGUCUUCUUUAAAAUCCCCAUGGUUUAUUCACGUUACUCAGGAUGUUGUCACUACUGUAUGACUUUUGACUCUCUGUUAUGAACUGUGACUUUUUUUUUUUUUUUUUUUUUAACAUCUAGUAAUAUGUGAAUAUGAAUAAAUGAUAAGAUCUGUGACUGAGUCGCAGUUUGGUGAACUUCAAAUGAUUUGUUUUUGUUUCCUUGGGUGUUUGGGACUUACCAGAAGUUUGGAAUGAGGAAAAAACACUGUGGGUGGAUUUCCAUAGAAACUUUAAUAAGCAGCUCAUAGUGUCAGUAUGAGUGUAAAGGGAAACGAGUGUGUGAUGGGCAUCAGUCAUAACAGGUUAUGCAAGUUCAUGUGCUGCUGAAUCUUUAUGGUCAACAAGAAGAAAAGGGCCGGAUGGACACAUCCUGCAUUUAUGGCUACAGUCCAACAGCCACAAAGCCACCCUAUUUAAUAUGCAGUUAAUUACAUGCUACUCCAGUGGCUGACUUUGCUGCAGCCACAUCACAGCAGCAGUCUGACACUGUGUCGUUUCCAGAACCGGUUCUGCAACUUUAUAAGAACACAGAGCGGAGCUGACUGAACUACGUUAUGAGUGGGGAAUGUGAUUCGGUGGAACUGGCAAUUAAUCAGCACGAAGAUGAUACUGUAACUGAGAUACUAAUCAUUGAUGUGCAAUAUAGUCAUACCUUAGAUGAAAUGAAGUGCAUCCACAUUUUCGUUAAAACAUCACAGCAGAUGUUUGGACUGCACUGAAAAGGUGGAUGGCAGCUGCAUUGAGCCAAGGAUUGUGGUGUGGAAAUAUUUGACACAACUCUGAAAAUAUCUUUAAUUCUGGUGAUUGUAGAGACACACCCAUGGGCAGAUUAUGAAACAAUGGGCCCCUGGCAAAGGGAUCCAUCAUCUGUCCUACAUAGAACCAGGUCACAGUCUGUUUGGUGGCUUGGAAUCUGUUUGUCGUCCUUGUGGUCAUUUUGUGCCUCCUUGUGGUUGUUUUGUGUCGUUGAGGUCAUUUUGUGUACUUUUUUUUAUAGUUUUGUGUCAUUGUGAUUGUUUUCCUGCUCCAUAUAUGUUAAUUUGACAUUUGACAUUUUCGCAAGUGAAGGCAAGC